CGUGUGUAAUAUUCUUGCUAGUAGCAGUACGUUUUAAACUCAUCAAUUUCCCUCCCCUUUGUGCCUAUAUAAAGGCCUCAACCUUUUAACUUUUCUGUAUGACCAGAUCGUACAAGUUAUUUAGAUCCUUAGAUUGUUCAAACUGAAGAGAUAUCGUAGUCUCAAUCCAAAAUGGUUUCCUCAUUCUUUCAAUGCCCAUAUUCAGACUUCUCCUCCUCUUCUUCUUCAUUUACUUCACUAGAAUCUCUGUCAUGGAACUGCUUACACAGUUAUGAAAACCAAGUACUACCCCUUCCUUUCAAUGAAAAUGACUCCCAAGAAAUGCUUCUUUUUGGUGUCUUAGCCCAAGCCACUAAAGACUCAUCCGAAAACAUAUCCAGCUCCCUUGAUCAUGUUGUCAAAGAUCAGGAGGAAGUGAAUUCAAAAGCCACUGCUGAAGUACUGGAGGAGGCCAGGAAGGAAGGAGAGAUUUCCUACCGAGGGGUCAGAAGGCGGCCAUGGGGGAAGUAUGCAGCGGAGAUAAGGGAUUCUACAAGGAAUGGUGUGAGAGUUUGGAUAGGAACUUUUGACACUGCUGAGGAUGCAGCUUUGGCUUAUGAUCAAGCUGCAUUUGCACUGAGGGGUUCAAUGGCUGUCCUCAACUUUCCAGUAGAGAUGGUUCGCGAGUCUCUUCACAAGAUGAAGUAUGUAUAUGAGGAGGGAUGCUCCCCGGUUUUGGAGUUAAAGAAAAGGCAUUCCAUGAUUAAGAAGUCAAAGAGCAGGAAGAAGAUCAAAGAGGAGGAUGAGUUCAUGAGGUCAGAAAACCAGGUAGUGGUGUUGGAGGAUUUGGGUGCCGACUAUUUGGAAGAACUUUUGCGUAUUUCUGGGAGUGCUAGUCCUCGGUGAAUCAUAGUCACCGGACCAUUUCUCCAUUUGUGCAUAUCAUCUUUGUGCAGGGGUUAUACUAAUCUUCUUUGUAUCGUUGCAAUUUUAUCCGAUGUCUCCGAAGGGACUCACUGUCACCACUUACCGUGAUCAACUUUAGGUUCUCUUUAAUUUCUUGCUUUUUUUAUUUAAAUUUUGGACUAUAAAAAUGUGGGAAAAGAUCACCACUUUCUUGGAUAA